UAAACUUGCAUAAAAUCGAAUUUCCUACAUACUUUCCUAGUGGCCAGUUUCCCCUGAUUACACUUUGUUUUGUUGUUUGGUUGCAAGAUAAAUACAUGUUUUGUUUUUAAGGUGUGCAUGUAUCAACAUUAUCAUUUUUAUUUUGUUUUACAGUUGUUUUUUCUGCAAUGAUAUUUGGGACUAUUACAAAUCAAGAUCUGCCUGUGAUCAAGUGUGUUUUAAUCAAUCAUAAGAACAAUGAUUCAUCAGUGGGGAAGUCAUCAUCAUAUCCCAUGGUGUCAGAAUCCCCAGAAGACCUCGGGUGUGCAUUGAGACCCCAGAGCGCAGGGACAGUGUAUGAAGCCGCCACGGUGGAAGUGGAUGUAUCUGCUUCCAUCACAUUGCAAGUGCUGGUCGACACCCCAGGGAACGUUUCCUGUCUCUGGGUCUUUAAGCACAGCUCCCUGAAUUGUCAGCCACAUUUUGAUGUACAAAACAGAGGAGUUGUUUCCAUGGUCAUUUUGAAAAUGACAGAAACCCAAGCUGGAGAAUACCUACUUUUUAUUCAGAGUGAAGCUACCAAUUACACAAUAUUGUUUACAGUGAGUAUAAGAAAUACCCUGCUUUUCACAUUAAGAAGACCUUACUUUAGAAAAAUGGAAAACCAGGACGCCCUGGUCUGCAUAUCUGAGAGCGUUCCAGAGCCGAUCGUGGAAUGGGUGCUUUGCGAUUCACAGGGGAAAGUUGUAAAGAAGAAAGUCCAGCAGUUGUUAAAAAGGAGGAGAAAGUGCUUCAUGAAUUAUUUGGGACGGACAUAAGGUGCUGUGCCAGAAAUGAACUGGGCAGGGAAUGCACCAGGCUGUUCACAAUAGAUCUAAAUCAAACUCCUCAGACCACAUUGCCACAAUUAUUUCUUAAAGUGGGGGAACCCUUAUGGAUAAGGUGCAAAGCUGUUCAUGUGAACCAUGGAUUCGGGCUCACCUGGGAAUUAGAAAACAAAGCACUUGAGGAGGGCAGCUACUUUGAGAUGAGUACCUAUUCAACAAACAGAACUAUGAUACGGAUUCUGUUUGCUUUUGUAUCAUCAGUGGCAAGAAACAACACGGGAUACUACACUUGUUCCUCUUCAAAGCAUCCCAGUCAAUCCGCUUUGGUUACCAUCGUAGAAAAGGGAUUUAUAAAUGCUACCAAUUCAAGUGAAGAUUAUGAAAUUGACCAAUAUGAAGAGUUUUGUUUUUCCGUCAGGUUUAAAGCCUACCCACAAAUCAGAUGUACAUGGACCUUCUCUCGAAAAUCAUUUCCUUGUGAGCAAAAGGCUCUCGAUGACGGAUACAGCGUAUCCAAGUUUUGCAAUCAUAAGCACCAGCCAGGAGAAUAUAUAUUCCAUGCAGAAAAUGGUGAUGCCCAAUUUACCAAAAUGUUCACGCUGAAUAUAAGAAGGAAACCUCAAGUGCUCGCGGAAGCAUCAGCGAGUCAGGCGUCCUGUUCCUCGGAUGGAUACCCAUUACCAUCUUGGACCUGGAAGAAGUGUUCAGACAAGUCUCCUAA